CUCAUUUUUCACACCACUGCUCUUCAAAUCCUUAUCCUCUUUCUCUUCUCCAAAUGGGAUAUGGUUUUGGUGGCUUCCUCUGCUUUUUUGCAGCAAUUUUUUUGGUGUCAUGGCUUCAUGAAUCCAAUGCCAAAGUGGAGGGUUCUUCUAGUGAUGAAGUAGCAGCACAGCUUGCUGGGUGUAAUCUCUACCAAGGAUCUUGGGUGAUUGAUGAUACUUUUCCUUUGUAUCAAUCUUCAAUUUGUCCGUUUAUCGACAAAGAGUUCGACUGUCAAAAGAAUGGGAGGCCGGACAAACUCUACCUCAAGUACCGAUGGCGGCCUAGCGGUUGCAUUUUGCCGAGAUUCAAUGGAGUAGAGUUUUUGGCAAGGUAUAAAGGGAAAAGGAUAAUGUUUGUGGGGGAUUCUUUGAGUCUGAAUCAAUGGCAAUCUCUCACUUGCAUGUUGCAUGCUGCAGUACCCAGGUCUAGGUACACUGUUGACAGAGAGAAUGACCUCUCUACUUUUACUAUACCAGAGUUUGGGAUUUCAAUAUAUUUAUCUCAUAAUGAUUUUCUGGUUGAUUUAGUUAAAGAAAAGGUAGGUAAGGUUUUAAGGCUUGAUUCCAUUGUUGGGGGCAAUGCAUGGAAAGGAUUUGAUAUGCUUAUCUUCAAUACAUGGCAUUGGUGGAUCCAUAAAGGAAGCAAACAACCAUGGGACUACAUUGAAAUAGGAGGUAAGUACUACCGAGACAUGAAUCGAUUGGUUGCAUUUAAGGAGGGACUAACCACAUGGUCCAAGUGGGUCGAGUCCAACAUCAAUCCUGCUGUCACCAGGGUUUUCUUUCAAGGCAUUUCACCUACUCAUUAUAAUGGUGACGAAUGGAAACAAUCGGGGUCAACAACUUGCAAUGGCCAAACUCAACCAUUAAGUGGCUCAAUGUAUCCAGCAGGGAUGCCAUCGGAAGCAAAAAUAUUAAAGGAAGUGUUGAGUAAAAUGUCGAAACCGGUUCAAUUGCUCGAUAUAACGACAUUAUCACAAUUGAGGAAAGAUGGACACCCAUCCUACUAUGGUAACAAUGGAAGGAAGGAAGAUGAUUGUAGCCAUUGGUGUCUUGCUGGAGUUCCUGAUACUUGGAAUGAACUUUUAUAUGCGAGUCUUAUUAUGGGUUAAAAUGUUUUAAAUACCUAAAUGUACUGGUUGUUGUAUAUGCUAAUAAAAUUGUGAAUUGUUUUCAUUUGAUGAUAAA